GCGGGGCGCGCGGCGGGGAGGGGCGGGCGGGGCUGCCGGGCGGGCACGCUGUGCUCCGAACUGUCGUAAAAGGGGCGGGGCCUGCCGCACUCUGGUUGAAGCUGGGGGCGUGCGUCGCUGAAGCAGGCGGCUAGCGGGCGCCCGGGUCAUGGACCGCUACGCGGGCGCCUUGGAGGAGGUGGCGGACGGUACCCGGCAGCAGGAACGACACUACCAGCUGCUGUCGGCGCUGCAGAGCCUGGUGAAGGAGCUGCCCAGCUCCUUCCAGCAGCGCCUGUCCUACACCACGCUCAGCGACCUGGCCCUGGCGCUUCUCGACGGCACCGUGUUCGAAAUCGUGCAGGGGCUACUGGAGAUCCAGCACCUCACCGAAAAGAGCCUGUACAACCAGCGCCUGCGUCUACAGAACGAGCACAGAGUGCUCAGGCAGUCGCUGCAGCAGAAGCACCAGGAAGCCCAGCAGGCCUGCUGUCCCCACAACCUGCCUGUGCUCCAGUUGGCUCAGCAGCAAGAACUAGAGGCGGUGGAGCACCGGAUCUGUGAGGAACAGCGGGCAAUGGACUGGAAGAUCGUCCUGGAGCUGGACCGGAAGGUGGCUGACCAGGAGAGCACACUGGAGAAGGUGGAGGUAGCUGGCUUCUACAUGACCGCCAACCUGCAGGUCAGUGCCUGGGCCUGCUCUGCCCUAGCCUGAGUGCCCCUGAGCCCUGAAGACCCCAUUCCAUCUGGGGUUUCACCACUGGUCUCUGAGAAUCCAGGCUUAGAGUAUAGGGCUGAAGUGGAAGAACUGAGACUCCAGAAAGGAUUUCUGUGCUGCUCCUAGCACAGAGGCUGGGCCCACUCCCUACAGGAGGGUGAGCCAGCCAACCAUGGGGCACUGCCCACCCUCCCCAGGCCCACAUGGCCCUCUUCUGCUCUCCUCCUACAUGCCAUUCUGAGUGGCCUUGCUGCGGGCAGAGGCUCAGAUUCCACCCCUUCCUGGCAGGCCAUGACCGGCUUCACAGGAUGGUCGCCCCAUGGGCUCACUGCCUGGCACCUCUAGGCUGGGAUGAAAGGGGCCUGGGUCACUCUGAUCCUCAUAGGGCCCCUCUGUAUCCCAGGAGCUGAUGCUGUAAAUGAACCUGCGGGAGUUCAUCCGAAAGCUGCAGCAGAGGUGCUGCCAGGCAGGGAAGGCAUCCCGGGGACUGGGAGGUUGCUGGCAGCCUCCUGCUGCCCAGUGUGACAAGGAAGGCAGUCCUGUCCCAACAUAGCCACAGGCAGCAGAAGGCUGGGCAGAGUUCAUCUUCUUGACCUUUGGCCACUGCCUUCGCAGCUGCCUGCAGGGGUCUCCCUGCUGAGGAGAGGCCAGGUGGACCCUGGCUGCCUGUCCCCACCUUCAUCUGGGACUUUCUGCCAAAUGGUAGGAUGGUCUCAUAAAAGGGAGGCGGGCCCAGCCUGCCACUGUCUGCCUCAGGGCCAGGCAGAUUGGGCAUGGGGGUUCUCACACCUUUUCACUCUGCGGGGCACAUCCCAACCUGCACUGGGGCCCACCUGAGUGCUUGUUCUGGUCUCAGCCACUCCCUUGGCAGCUGCAGCCUCCAAGCAGAAGAGGCUCCAAGGCCCAAGUUCUGUGUGACUCAGAGAAAUAAAGAUGCCUCAGUGUGGCCUGCA